AUGAAGUUCCAUCUUCUCGCCGCCGCGUCAUCCGCCUUCCUGGCCGCCUGCGUCGCCGCUCUGCCUCUGCCGAUCACCAACGCAGACGACAUGGCGAUCGUCCAGGCCCGCGAUGCCGCCAUGACAAUUGGCCCAGACUUCUUCGAUGCCGAGGUGCUCGUCGCCCGUGACCCUGGCAGUGUCCGUAUUACCUCUGAGCCUGAAAUUGAGAAUGAUAGUGAAGAACUGGAUGGUACCGGUAGUGCGGUCGUGGAUAAUCCUGAUGUUGAGGUUGAGAGAUUGGAAAAGAGGAAUUUGGGAUGGGGAGGUGUGAUUGGCGAUGACGCGGAUGGCCGGCUUGUGGGUAAUGCUAAUGUCGAGGGUGAGGGGGAGAUUUUGGAGGCUAGGGAGUUGAGGGAGGGGGAUGAGGAGGUUGGCCCUGGUCAGGGAGAGGAUAUUAUCGAGAGCGAAGAGCCUGAGAAGGAUGUUCUUGAGGAGGGGGAUGUGGAUAUAGAGGAGGAGCCUGAGGAGGAUGUUCUUGAGGAGAGGGAUGUGGAUGUAGAGGAGGAGCUCGAGGUUGGCUCGCGCCAGAGCAAGGACAUGAUUGAGAGUGAGGAGCCGGAAGAGUUUGAUGUUGAGUUUGGCCUUGAGGCUCGGGAUGUUUCGGAGGAGAAUGAUGAGUCUUUUGAGGAGAGUGAGUCUGACUCGUCUGAGGUUGACAACCCUGAUGCUGGUGUUGAAGUUUUUGGUGCUGAAGGGAAGACUGGGGAGUGA